CAGUGUUUAUAACGUUAGUCUAAAGCUACAACAUAAGCGGCAAUGGUGAUGAAGAGACCCAUCAUCGAUUUUAACUUCGAUUUUUCUAACAAUAAUGACCAUCAAUGUUGCCGAGUAGUUUGUUGCAUGUUCUAAGAUCCAAAGCAAAAACUACAGAUAAAACACAAUAGCAUUUUGGACUGUAGCUAGCCAGUCAGCUAGUUAACAGCAAUAUUCAUGAUGGCUGUUGACGUGAGUGAGAAGCUAGCAGCAGUGUUUAGUGUGUCUAACGAGCUAGGUUUUCACCCCAGUUGUUCCUAGCUAGUAUAUAUUGUAAAAUGAUUCUGUCGCCUCUGUUGUAUGGUCGAAUGUUCUCAGUCGUGCUAGUUUGUGAGGUUUUUUUUAAAUAUAGACUAGCUAUAAAACCGAAACCGCUGCUCUAAGCUCUAUUGCCGAAAGUUUAAGGAGAAUGGGCUGACCAAACAAUCUUAUUUUAGCUAAGUGCGAAAUAUGUUAUGCAUUUGAUGAUUUGUAUCGUCUAUUAGGUAGACUAGCUAGCUAGAUUGAUGUAUAAGUCCGGCGAACUACCCAUCUAAUAUAGUCUAUCACCAGUUCGAACGUUGGUCCUGGAUGCAAUUGUAUGAAAAAAAGCUUAUUUGGCGAGCUAGUUGACUAAGGUUAUUAACAUUUUACGUGUUUCAUUAGGUCCAUAUUUAUUUGCAGUUGUGCUACGGACAAAACUAUUUUUGUUCCUUGAGCUUCAGUGCGUUGCGUUGGCUGGAUGUCUCAUCAGACGAAAGCAGUAUUAUUGAAGUUUGUAACGUUAGCUAUCUUGGUGGAUUUUGGGCAUCCAGCUUGCUAACGAGCACACAAAUACCACUGGACGCAGGCGGGAUUUGGUUUCGAGAUGCUACAAGGUUUGUAAUGUGGUGUUACAAGCAAUAAUAUUUUGUGGUGCAUUGUUAGGGCAUAUGGUAGCCUUUACAUAUGUUUUUUAUGUUUAGCAUUAGCACUACUGCUAAGAGCACUCCGUUAUCACUCCUUCUGGGGUCUGCGUUUGUCGCACGUCUUGCCUGGUUUCGCUGCCCUGCUGUUUUAAUACGCCGGACAAAUCUGCAUAUUAUUACACUUAACUCCACCUUCACCGGACAAUGAUUGAACGAAAAUAUGACACAGGCCAAUUUCGUUGCAUAUGCAUCCAACGAUUGGUUCGGAGCUUGAGUAAAUUCCCUCCCACACUUUGCGACAAGGACGCAGUAUUGGAAGAGGUCCUGAAGGAGCUGGAUGAGAUCUAUGAAAAGCACAAGAAGGAGACCGACCCAGUCCAGAGGAAGCGGCUGACACACUGCCUCCAGAGGGCGCUGAUCCGAAGUCAGGAGCUCGGGGAUGAGAAGAUCCAGAUAGUAAGUCAGAUGGUGGAGCUGGUGGAAAACCGCAGCCGACAGGUGGAGGGUCACGUGGAGCUCUUUGAGUCGUGUCAGGAGCCGGCAGAGAUCGCCGUCACGCCGGGCAAGAUGGCCCAGGACAAGAGGAGGGAGGAGGCGGCCAGCUCGGUCGACAAGCCCGGCAGCAAGCGCUCCCGCCGACAGAAGAACAACGAGAACCGGGAGAACUCCAACAGCAACCUGGACCACAGUGACGAAAUCAGCGUCGGCACCCCCAAGGAGAAGAAGGCCAAGACAUCCAAGAAGAAGAAGCGGUCCAAGGCCAAGGCGGAAAGGGAGGCGUCGCCAGCGGACCUGCCCAUCGACCCGAACGAGCCCACCUACUGCCUGUGCGACCAGGUGUCCUACGGCGAGAUGAUAGGCUGUGACAACGACGAGUGCCCCAUCGAGUGGUUCCACUUCUCCUGCGUGGGACUCAACCACAAGCCGAAAGGGAAGUGGUACUGCCCGAAAUGCAGAGGGGAAAGCGAGAAAACCAUGGACAAAGCCCUGGAGAAGUCCAAAAAGGAGAGGGCUUACAACAGGUAGUUGCCUACCUGGUCACCUGGACCAGGCGCAUGACAAUGGCGUCACUGUUUUUGUUCUGUCCUUCCGUGUGCAAAAGGGCUGUUGUGACUGUCGAUGUUGGAGGCUGGGUAGCAGUGGCGGUGGAAACCGAAGUUUGACGAUCUGCCUUUGAAGAGCACAGGCUGUUUGGUAAACCGUGGGGAGCGGAGCCCUGCCGAUGAGGAAAAAGAGCAGCGUCAGCAGGUAGCAUGUCCCAAGUGCGCGAGGAGUCAAAAAGCCUAGGACUGCGGGGGUGAACGGCUUAACAAGACUUCCAACAAGCUGGAAUGUUCAUCUCCGCUAAGUGUGGGUACAUUAUCUUGAGCGAUUCUUGUGUUGCUGCAAAAAAGUAAAGUCUAUUCAAUAAGUGAAUAGCAUGGUGUUAAACCAUAAUGCAAGGCAGCAGUAAGUCUAUGGUUUUCCUGCCAUAUUGUAUUUUACAGUAUUGGGUGACACUACACUCAGUGUAUUUUCUAGCUGGUCACAAUGUGCCACAGUACAAAUGGAACUCCUCUAAGAGUGAAAGUGAGUAACACAAGAAGUGAAAUGCCUGAGAGCAGUAUCCAACAUUUAUCAAGACCAGAGUGCAUCAAAGAGCAGUUGGAAAAUGUUAUUUUCUUUUUUUUAUGUUAAAUGAAAAGGUGACCAGUGAUGAUAAAAAAACCCAGUUGCUUUUUGCACAAAGAGCCUUGACCCAGUUGUAUGUUAGUCUUCCACUUGCUCGUGCUAUUUAUGGCAUAGAAUCCUGUGCUGUUUGUCUGUUGAGCUUCUCUCCCCAUGAUUCUUCAGUCUUUAAACGGCACUGCACACUUUCUGCGUUGUUUAGCAAAAAAAAAAAAUACAAAGCAAUAAUUUAACUGAUCCACUUCUCUUCUUUUCCCAGUUUGUGUGCAUUAGGCAUCACAGACAGUAAACCGUUCUCAUCACCGCCUGUCAUCAGUAACUGUUACUGGCUUAAAAUAUUGCUGCAUUCCUGUCAUUUCAGUCCCAACACCAUCAAAGUUUUGUUACCCUAUCGUUGACGUCUGAAAUUUAGACUGGCGACAUGGAUACCCUGAAGCGGUUCCUUGUUAAGUAAGGCUCGCAGUGUGGGAUGUUUAAGACACCAAGUUAUUUAUUGCUGUGUGUUUUGAGUGAAUGUAAGAACAGGGCCUGCAGAAAUGUGGUUGGGUCAAGUGUUUUAAUAUGAAAACCAACAUUUAACUGGUCCUGAGUUCGGCAACUAAAACAUCUGAAGACGUGAGGCAGCAAUAGUUUUGUGUUGAAGUCAUUUGUAAAUAUUUUGGUAAAUGUUACUGUCCUUGCACAUUAUAUUACUUUAAAUGUGAAUAAUACUAUUUCUUUUGUCCCAUGUACAUCAGAAGACCCAAAACAUUUUGAAUGUAGAUAUUGGUACAUGUUAAAAUGUACUAUUGUAUUUGAAGGCCAAUAGGCAGCUUUGUGUAAUGAGCGCUUUAGUAUCUCACCAUGAAUAAAAAAAAAAACUACUGAAAAACCUUU